AUGGAUAUGGACCACAUGCAUCAUGAUCCCGGCCUGGGUAUGGAAGUUAACUAUGCCUUUGCUCGUGGAUACUGGUAUACCAUAGCCGGUGUUGUCAGCGCACUAGCAACCAUUCGUGGAAUUAACUACAUAGACGCACAGCAAAGAUUAAAAGCAUGUCGCGAUCCCUCAAUAGAUCAUCCAACCCGUCCCCGAGGACCCUUAAGUCAAGCAUGGGCAACAGCAACUGCCGUCGUUCGCGAGCUAGGUCAUCCGCAGUACCUCAUCACCACGAAAGGCCUUCAAUGGGCCACGCCACUCCCUCUUGGCCGGUGCAUCAUCCUGGCGUGCUACUGGGUCGUUGUUGUCUACUUGAUGAGCUGGAGGGUUUCCAAAAACGACGUCUACUACUGGGAACGCAUAGGUUAUCGUAACGCGUGGGUUACUCUGGCCCAGUUCCCACUGGUCUACCUCUUAUCUACCAAGGUCAACGUUAUCGGAUUUCUUACAGGAACCAGCCACGAGAGGCUCAACUGGCUGCAUCGAUGGGUUGCGCGCACCAUGUUUGUCACUGCGACAGUUCACGGCUUUCACUUCUGGACUAUGUGGGUGCGCGCCGAGUUUCUCGAUUACGCCCUUGAGAUCAUGCCAUUGGUUAAGUAUGGGCUUGCAGCUUGGGCCAUUCUACUCUGGAACGUUAUCACUGGGAUCGUUCCCAUCCGCAGGCUUUCAUAUGAGGUUUGGGUGGCCCAGCAUGUGCUCACCAGUAUCAUCAUGCUAUGGCUGCUGCACAAGCAUAUUCCGGCAAACGCUCGUUGGCUUCUGUGGAUGAGUAUCUCGUUCCUCGUGUUUGACCGCGCCAUGAGAUGGAUUCUUCUGUUAUGGCAGAAUGUUCGCCUACGACCUCAAGGAACAGCUUGUCAAGGCAUGAAGCACCUCGGACACCGAGUCGCCGCCCGUGUUGUUGGGCCCGCAACGACAGUCAUCACUAUCAAAGACGUGCAUUUCGAGUGGAAGGCCGGACAGCAUAUUUACCUAUGGCUCCCACGCCUUGGCCCCUUUGAAGCGCAUCCUUACACAAUCGCUUGUGCGCACAAGCUCGACGGAACCUGCUGCUGCAACAGCAUCCAGCUUGUCGUGCGUGCUCAUAAUGGAUUCUCGAAAAGAAUACAUGAAUACGCGACCAAAAACUCAACAUCCGAUCUUACGGGCUUUGUUUCGGGACCAUACGGUGUUCCUCCACAAUGGAACAUUUACGAGACGUUGGUGCUAAUCGGAGCAUCUACCGGAGCAAGUUUUGUGGUUCCCAUACUUGAGAGCGUUGCUGCGGCCCAGAAAUCAAACUGUACGCGAAGAGUUGAAGUCAUUCUUGUCGCCAGAACAGCUGAGGAGAUUAGAUAUUAUGUUGAAAGAGCAGAGGAGGCUGGCAGAAUGGUGCGAGCAAAGGGCGUGGCUGUGAGCAUCCACAUCGCCAUAACAGGACCCAGCAAAAGCGAAGGCCCUAUUUUUAUCUCACGAGUCGACUCAGAAUCAUCAAGUCAAAGCGAUCUGGACGAUAUUCAGCCAACAAAGGAUUCAACAGGCUGCUGCUGCAGCGGCCCAACAGAGAAAGGAACUGCCGAGAAAGGGUGUCCAAGCGACUCGCCCUGUCGUGGCAAAGUAGCGGCCGAGGCAGUUGCAGCUCCAGAGCUCAUUCGUGAAUACACGUGCCGCCCAGACAUCGAGGCCAUGAUUCGCGAGCCGGUAGAGCAGGCUUGGGGGGAGACAGGGGUAUUUGUCUGCGGCGGGCGGGAGAUUGUGGCACGGACGAGGAAUUGCGUGAGUCGAUUGAGUGACGAGAGAGCUGUACAUAAGGGAACUGGUGCGCAAGGGAUAUAUCUUCAUGUCGAAGAAUAUUCCUUUUAG